AUGAGUGAGGCUGGAGGGGCCACUGCGACUGAGGGGGCCUCCUCAAGUUCCACCCAAGCAGCACCAAAGCACUUGGUGUCCUUGAGAGGCGAAGACACUCCCCAGGCCCUUGUUGCCCAUACCCUCAGUGGUGAUGCGAUCUCCAAGGCUACCGAAGCAGUGGGCACCAAGGCAAAGGCACCCAAGAGGGUCAUCGCCAAGAGGACAGCCAUCGCCCGAAACAACCCUCACAAGUGCCAACACAGCGUGGGCGAAGGAGAAGCGGUCGAGUGCAACGUGGUGCAGGGCGAGCUGGGCAUUGAGGCCGCCAAUGUGACCCGCCCUGCGGGCGUCCAUGUGGAGGGCAGCCUAUACGCCACCGACAGCCCCGGCUUGCGCGGAGACUGCUACACACGCGGCCGUGCGCCCCCGCGCGGCCCUGGUGGAGCCGAGGACAAAGAAUCCGACAAGAACGAGGAAGACAACAGCUUCGGCUUCCACCAGGGCACCGAGGACCAAGAGGUGGACAAGGACAACACUGCCGCAGCCAACCGUCCCAGCUUCAGCAGGGGCUUGUGUAUCCGCCGCCGCGCCUCCCCGCGAGACCCCCGGGGCGCCGAGGGCCAGGAGGCAGGCAAAAGCGAAGACGAUGGUGGCGACGGCAGAAGCGAGGGCUUCGCGGCGACCCAGGGCCCACGCCAUGGCCCGCUGCCCGUCGCCGGUCCUACCCACCAACUGCUGGCAGGCCGCCCACUUGCCCCUGCCUGCCUGGCCCGCAGGGCUCCAGAGCAUGCAAAGGCGCUCAGCUACUUGCUGAGUCUCCCAAGGGGCCGAGGCACCGCUCUGGGGCCAGGACCUUCACCAGGCGCCACCAAGAAGCCUGAAGCGGAGGACAAGGAGAGCAAGCUUGAAGUAGGUGACCUGCAGCAAAGGCCCCCGCCGCUUUCCAACAAUCAACGCUGCCACCCUCAGCCAGCGCCAGGUCCCCAGGCCCAAGACCCCGAGGGAGGAGUGGGCAAGACCUGGAAGGGGUCUGCGGAGACCACCGCUCAACCCAGUGGAAAGGGCAGCGCCAACAAUGAGAUCCUAGCAGCUGCCCCCGCCGAGUAG